AAAAAAUAUGGUCGUGAAUUUUUUCUUCAAAGUGAAAUCCGUUCGUCAUCGUACACGUUCGUAGUCCAAUUUGAGAAAAAAACUCAAGAAAACUAUCAAAAAAAUCUCUAAAAACAUAAACAAUAUUGAUUUUAUUGAAAAGCAAUCAUAAUAUCUAUAAAUUUUCGAUCAAAAAAUGAAAGAAUAACUUUUUUUUCAAUUUCAAGUUAUGGAAAAUUUCAUUGAAAUACAGGGUGGAUGAAAAAAUAAUAAAAAAAAAAAAUAGAUAAAAAAAAGACAGCAAAAAAGGGAAUGAGUGUGUAGAGAACACAAAGGAGGCACAAAAGAAAGAAAACGCGUAAUUAAAAAAAAAAUAAGCGAGAAGAGUGAAGAAAACAAAAAACAACAACACAGUGACGGAGUGACAAAGACAGACAACCAGCAAAAACCAGCUGAGAAAACAGUCUGACAGUCGUCGUCAAUUCACUAGAAACUCUACUAAAAGCAAUACAAAAAUAAUAAUAAUAUUAUAAUAAUGACAAUCAAACCAGUUGGAAGCCAAAAGUCUGCCGAUGGCGGAAAAAAAGACUCCCAUGGUCAUGUUCAGGUGGUCGGCGGAGGAGAGGCUCCAAAUCAAAAUGUCGUCCGCUCCACACAUCGCAAUGUCGUAAUCGACAGCCAUGCAGCUCAGAGCCCACAGCGUCGUGGAGAUGUGUUUGAAGAGAUUUCGCGUCAUCGUCGUAGUCCCCACAAGAGUAGUGGACGAUCCAAACGUGAACACCACAAACGUGAGCGUGAGAAGAUCACAACAACUGUACAAAAAUGCAUCAGUCCCCAUCAUCAGGCAUGCGUUCCUGCUAUCGGUAAUAAAACCCCAACUGAACAACAGCAAUCACCGCUAGCUUCAGCAUCAUGUCAAGCACAAGCUCCUGUUGAUAUAUCAACUGCCAGUCUAAUUAAAGCCGUCGAAGAAGCUUACUCCGGUUAUAAUAGCGGCGAUGAACAUCUUCGCAACAAAGAAGACAUAAUAACUCCUGAUGAAUGGAAACUACGUGAUGAGCAAUUUGACAAGUUAAUGUCUGAGCAAGGAUUCAUUUUGCAAAAUAUUGAAGAAGAUGGUGCUUGUUUGUUUCGAGCAAUAUCGCUGCAAAUUUAUGGAGAUGAGGAAAUGCACGAUCAAAUUCGUCAACAAACAAUGGACUACCUUUACAAGAAUCGCGAGUACUAUUCACAAUUCCUUACCGAGGAUGUCAACAGUUACAUUAAACGCAAACGCAAAAAGGAUUCCCAUGGCAAUCACAUAGAAAUCCAAUUAAUGUCGGAACUCUAUAAUCGACCAAUUGAGUUGUAUUGUUAUAAAUCAAUGCCAAUAAACAUCUUUAAUGCUGAGCAACAAAACAAUGGAUAUCCUCCCUUGAGGCUUGCCUAUCAGCGAGGAUCUCAUUACAAUGCAAUUAUUGAUCCUUUCAAUGCAACAGUUGGUGUGGGAUUGGGCUUAGCCGGAUAUAAGCCUGAGUUGCAAACAAAAGAUGCAAUGGUUCUUAGCGAACAACUUGAAAUUGAACAGACAAUGUUUGAAGACAAAUUAAAGACAACCGAUUGGGAAGCCACAAAUGAGGCAAUCGAAGAGCAAAUUGCUCGUGAAUCCUAUCUGCAAUGGUGUCGAGAGAAUAUGCAACAGAAAGCCAACACCAGCGAAUCUGAAACAACUAGCAGCAGCAGCAGCAGCAACUAUGCCAGUGGCAGUGGUAAUGCUGCUGCUGCUUCUACUGCAGCUACCACCACAGCUACAGUAACCUCAGCAGAAGCUGCAGUUGCAUCGCCCUCAAAAUACCACCAACAUCAAUUGAGAAGCUCCACAUGCACUGUUACCAAUGAUAGUCUUAAUUCUUCGACAUCGUCAACCACCUCAUCGGUGGGGUCAGUGCCGCCUGUACCAGCGCCAUCGCCUACAUCACCAGAAAACUCUACAGCAAUUACACCAGCAGCAUUGUCUGCUUUGAAUGUUGGCAAUUUGUCACCGAAAUCAUUGACUGCUUUUGCACAAAGUUUGCGAAAGGAUUCGGAAUUGUGUUUUGAUAGUGAUGACACUGAUAUGAGUAGUACCAGCUCGCAUGAUCAUCCUUCGAGUGAUAAAAGUUCUAAUCGGGGUAAGAAAUCAAAGAAUCGUGGAGCCAAUUCGAGACUUAGCAAGAGACGUCGACGUGAGAUUGGUGGCAAUGCUGGAAAUGAUGUAACUGAAGAGAAAGAUAAUGAUGAAAAUGAAAAGCUAACAACACCUAAGCAACAAAAAGCCACCGCAACAUUCUGUGAUUCUGGUGAAACGAAUAAACGCUCAAGGCCCACAACUCCAAUAACAUGCUCACUCUUCUUUACCGACAACACCAAUAACCAACAACAAAAACCAGAAGAUAAACCUUCUUCUGCAUCCCCAACACCAUCUUCCUCCUCUUCAACUUCUUCCUUCUCAUCGCCUGGUACAUCAAAACAAGUUCCAAAUAAUGAUGCUGCCUUCUUUUCCACGUCAUCAUCUCCUCCUGCGCCUCUCACUCCACCAGCUACGUCAACAGAGAAACCAGUAUCGACAUUUUAUCAAUCCUUGUUGGAGUCAUCCUAUAUUGCUGAUGGUAUGUCCAAUGGUUUUGCACAGCUUUCUGAAAGUGAAAUGCUUCAGCAGGCAAUUCAGCUCUCUACACAAGAAUAUUUAGAAGAUCAGAAGAGAAAAGGAGGUUUUCUAUUUUAAGUUUUUUUUUUUAGAUCUUAGUUUAACUAAAAAUAUAAAAAAAAAGAAAAGAAAACUAUAAAUAUUUUUUGAAACAUUCUAUUUUCUACAAAACACACAAAAUCUUUAACCAACACACAAAAAAAAUCCAGACACAUUGAAAUAAUAUGAACCCUUCUCACUAUGUAUAUCUCUGUAGAAUAUAAAAAAUUAAUAAACUACAAAUUUGCAAUGUAAAUUGAGCUUACAAAUUGAAUUAAAGAAAAAAAAAUAA